GAUUUAAUAAUUUCACGUCACACCCUUGUGUCAUCGAUUGAAAAAUUUCCAGUGGAAGAACCGCAAAACCCCAAAAAACCAAAAUGGUGCUCUCAAUGGACAGAUGGAGGGGCAAGGUGGCGGUGGUGACGGGCGCCAGUGCCGGAAUCGGUGCCGCCAUCUCCCAGAAACUGGUCCACGAAGGUUUGCAGGUGGUAGGUUUGGACCGACGUCACGAGACGGUCAAGGAGCUGUCCAAGAAGCUGAUCAAGGAGGGUGCCAGAGGGAAGUUGUACGUUUACAAGGCGGACGUGACGCAGGAGGAGGAACUUUUGCGGGCGUUCAAGUGGAUCAAAGAGAAUUUGGGGACGAUACACAUACUCAUCAACAACGCAGGCGUCAUUCAGAUCACCAAUUUAAUCGAAGGCAACACGGAGAAGUGGAGGAAAGUGUUCGACACGAACGUGUUAGGUCUUUGUGUUGCUACAAGGGAGGCGGUGAGGAGUAUGAGAGAGAACAAAGUGGAUGGACACAUAAUCCACAUUAACAGCGUGGCUGGCCACAAGGUUCCCAAUUAUCCCAACAUUAAUGUUUACGCUGCCUCCAAAUAUGCCGUCACCGCCUUGACUGAGACUCUUCGUCAGGAACUUAACGCUUACAAAACUAAGAUCAAAGUUACCAGUAUUAGCCCAGGUGCAGUUGAGACUGAAGUAAUACAGAUGAAAAGUGGCAAACUGGACUCAAAAAUCCUCGAUGCCUUGAAGUCCAUGCCUUUGCUCAAGACUGAAGACGUCGCUGAGUCAGUCCUCUAUGUUCUAUCCACCCCUCCCCAUGUCCAAGUGCACGAACUCAUCAUCAAACCCGUAAACGAACAAUUUUGAACCGUGACAAAGUUUCAGUCAAGUGCUUGUACUAAAGUAAACGAUACCAAUAAAAUGAAUGACACUGUA